UCAAAUAAAAUCAAAAAAGGAUUUGGUGACUGCUUAGCAGGAAAGUAGCGAAUUCCAAUGGUAGCUUGGGAAAUGUCAUCAUGGAUACUGAAUGUGGCAAAAGCUUCUAGUGCGAACUCUACCACGGUAAACGCCAACCCGCAAUCAUAUCUCUAACGUAGACGACAAAAGUUCUACUUACGUAUUCCGCUUUAUACCAGCAUUUCAAGCCUAUUGCUAAUAUGCGGGUGCUGUCAUGGUGUUUUGAAAUCUCUGUCGGAUUUUGAGUUCAAUUCUUUCUUACACUUUUUCUUAAGCAGUUGAUUUUUAGUUAAGGUAUGUGUAGCUCGAAUUUAAGUGAUUGUCGAAAAGAUAAAAUGUGAGCAGUGACAUAUCUUACGACGUUAUUACCUAGGAAACGCAUAUCUCCAUAGCAAUUUUAAGUAAAUAGAGAAUUGCUUGAGAGACCUUCAAAUAGAAGAAGGCAUUGAUUUUUUUGUGUUUUCAUACAAUUUAUUCACUUUUACCCAUAUAUCAAUCAUUUCAUCAUAUUACAAGCAAGCAACUGGAAAAAAGUCAAAGAAUUCGGAAGAAAAUUCCCAAAAGUUGUACCGCAUAUAAAAAACUGCUUUCAAUAUAAAUAUCGUGUAAAUUAGUUGUGCAUCAUGUUAGAGCCGGGAUUUAAUGAGGAAUUUUUGGAAUUUGAAUCGAAAGUACAUCAGGUAAUGAAACUGCUCGAGGACAUAAGCGUAGCCAAUAAAAAAGAAGGUGAAGAAGUGAAAAAGCCGGAAAAGGACAUCUAUCAAGACUUGAACGAAAACAAUUUCAUCGUGACCACACGUGAGAUUGGCACUUCAAUAAAUAAGAAAAAAGCUACGCCUGCUUCCGCGGACAUAAAACGCACUCCCCAGGGCGCAAUAGAAAUGGAUAAGUUUACAUUUAUGCAACAACUGGAACAAGAUGCCGAUGAGCGUCACAAAGGGUUUAAAGAACGUGAGCGCAUCGCACAGAAUUUUAGGGCGCUGGGCAACGAGGCCUAUCGCAAAGCAAACUAUGAGAAAGCGAUUAAUAUGUACACAAAAGCCAUCGAUCAUAUCAAGGACAGUCCGAUUCUUUAUAAUAACAGAGCUUUAAGUUACAUCAAAUUGAAGAACUUUAAACGCGCAAUCAUGGACUGUGAUUACGUUUUGAACAAGUUGGAAGACAAAAAUCUCCGAGCUUGGUUGUAUCGUUCCGCGGCUUAUAAACGCUUAGGAGAUGAGACUAACUUCGAAAACAGCGUUAAAUUAGCUCACAAAAACAAUCCAAAGAAAGGCGCAAUCAUUGACGAGUUCAUCGAGAAAGUUAAACUGGAGGGAAUUUAAUAUUUUAUAAAUGACUUUAUGGAAUGAAUAUUAUUUCAUAUGUAAUUUC